UGAAGUUAAUGUAAUUUCAUUUUUCAAAUAAAAAAAUAUACGUAAAUGGUUGACCAAAUCCCAAUGUCAACCAUUAACAAAUUGCGUAACCAAGGAUUUUGAUUCCACCUUCGGGCCCUUCCCUAUAUAUAGCAUAACAACCGUCGCUAGAAGAUUAAAGAGAAAACCAGAUCAUCAAGAACAAAAAAGUUCAAUAUUACCACAAAUAUAAAAGAAAAUGGGAAUGAAAAUUGUAUCUAGGCAAAUAGUGAAACCAGCUGAGCCAACAUGGAGUGGCAUUCUUCCAUUAACAGAACUUGAUCAUGUUUCUGUGAUUACACAUUCAUCCAAUUUACACUUCUACGAAAAACCCACAGAACAAUGUUGGCUUAAUUCAUCCAACAAUAAAAUACUCAACACCCUAAAAGAGUCAUUAAGCCGUAUUUUAAUCCCAUUUUAUCCUUUAGCCGGUCGGUUGAGUUGGGUUGGAGGAGGACGACAACGACUUGUUCUCGAAUGUAAUGCAAUGGGUGCUGAGAUUAUUGAUGUUGAAUCUAGUAUGAAGAUCGCCGAUUUUGGUGAUUUCUACUCUUCUAGUGAUAAGUUCAAACAUCUAGUGCCUCAAAUCGAUUAUUUUGGUACACAAAUCCAAGAUAUUCCUUUACUCGUUGUGCAGCUCACUAGGUUUGUUUGUGGUGGGUUAAGUGUUGGGAUAUCUUUGUCUCACAUGGUCGUAGAUGGGAGGAGUGCAUUCCAUUUCAUCGACGAAUGGGCUAGGCUCACUCGUGGUGAACCAAUGCAGGUUGCACCUUUCCUAGACCGUCGAAUCCUUCAAGCAGAAGAUGUCAAUCUAUCCCAAACAACUCAAGUUUUUGAUGACGACGAAAAUCAUUUGACCUAUUUCAAUACGUUAGAGGGGGGUAAGCUAGAGACUCCAACCUUCGUAUUCUUAACCAAAGAUAAAAUCGAACGGCUUAAAGAGGUUGCUAAUAAUAAGGAUGGGGAAAUUAAUAGUGACAAUAGACGUUCGUUCAGUCGGUUUGAAGUUAUCACGUCUCAUGUAUGGAGAUGCGUGUGCAAGGCAAGAGAGUUAAAAUGUGAUGAAAUUACUUCCUUGUUCGUUCUUGUUAAUGCUCGUGGUCGUGUAGAUCCACCAUUACCAUCAAGCUACUUUGGCAAUGCUGUUGUUCAGGUUACAAUAUCAAGUUCUGUGGGAGAUCUCAUUUCGAAACCUCUAAGCUACAUUUGCAGUACGAUAAGUGAGGCAUCGACGAAGGUGAAUAACGAGUAUGUAUAUGGAUUCCUAGACGUGUUAAAAACCGAAGAAAGCUUAACCAUGCAUCAAUAUACUGAUGAUCGAGGAACACUACAAGGCCCUCCUUAUGGUGACCAUAAUAUAAUGGCAACAAGUUGGUUGAGCUUGAUGGCUAUGGGUGUCGACUUUGGCUGGGGUAAGGAGAUAUACAACGGGCCUCCUUUGGUCCGUGCAUGCGACGGUGAAGUUAUGAUUAUUCCCUAUAACGAUGGAUCCGUCGUGGUCGGAGUUUUUUUGAAACCCAAGGAAAAGUUUCAAGAAUACAUGAAUCUUAUCUAAUGAUGCAUUAAAGGAGUUGGUGUUUGCUUUGUUUAAAUAAAUUCUCUCAUAAUUUAUGAGUGGUUUGUAAUUCUUUUUAUGAAUUGUGUGAAUUUAUUCAUUUUAAAAAUUCAUUGAGAUUUGGACGAUGAGAUCCAUUUUUCUUUAGUUUAUGAUGGUCCAUGGAGGAAAAAAUAAUUAUUACCUCUAUUUCAUAA